AUGCAAAAAAGCUCUAGCCUCGAGAAGCGCGACGAGGGAGCAGGUGAUGAGCUUGAAACUUUCCCGCAAGAUGAGAAAGAUGUAGCCAAAGUUGAAGUGGCCAACGUGAUAAUUCCGAACCGCAAUGAAUUGGAAAAGAAGUUCAUUCGAAAGCUCGAUAUGCGCUUGCUGCCUUUGAUGAUGUUAAUUUAUAUCUUGAACUACUUGGAUCGAAAUAAUAUUGCGACGGCGCGUUUGGGGACACUUGAGAAGGACCUUAGCCUUCAUGGAAAUCAAUACAACACAAUCAUCAGUCUAUUCUUUGUUGGAUAUAUUCUGACUCAGGUCCCGACAAAUAUGAUUCUGAACAAAAUGAGGCCCUCGAGGUUUUUGCCCGCUGUGAUGUGUGCAUGGGCCAUUGUAAGCACAUGCACUGGCGCCGUUCAAAACUAUCAAGGCCUUCUCGCCUUGAGAUUCGUCCUCGGUUUCGUCGAAGCUCCAUUUUUUCCCGGUGCACUAUUCCUGUUCUCCUCGUGGUAUACCAAGAAAGAGCUUGCAGCGCGCAUCUCCAUUCUCUAUGUCGCGGCUCAGAUCUCCGGAGCCUUUGGUGGGCUUCUAGGAAGCGCCAUCAUGUCAGGCAUGGAUGGUAAAGCGGGACUUCCAGCCUGGAGGUGGCUGUUCAUCAUCGAAGGAAGCGCCACGAUCCCCAUCGCUUUCGUUGCGAUGUUUCUUCUCCCUGACUACCCAGAGACAACGAAAUGGCUCACAGACGAGGAACGGAUUCUAGCCGUAACCCGGCUCGCGGAAGAAGCCAACGAAAGCGAUCACGACGAGACGCGCAGCAAAUGGGAAGGCCUGCGACUUGCCUUUGCCGAUCCGGUACUGUACAUCAUUUGGCUGAUGCAGCUUGGCCUCAACACUGCCGCAUGCUUCACCAACUUCUUCCCGACAAUCGUCGAAACGCUCGGCUACGGCACCACCAAGACACUGCUAUUGUCCGCGCCACCAUACAUGUUCGCCGCCAUCCUCAGCGUAAUGAACUCCUUCCACAGCGACAAGGUUAGCGAGCGAUGGCUGCACGUCGUCUGGCCGCAGGUAUUUAGCAGUAUCGGGUUCAUCAUCAGCGCCGUCACGCUGAACGUAGCGGCCCGGUAUAUCUCCACGUUCAUGAUGAUGUCGAUCUACGGGUCGUUUGGAUGUAUCCUGUCAUGGGUGUCGACCUCACUCCCACGGCCUCGCUCCAAGCGGGCGGUUGCCUAUGCCGUCGUCAACGCAGGGUCGAAUUUCGCCUCGAUCUAUGCCAGUUAUUUCUAUCCGGAGACACAGGGGCCGCGGUACUGGCAGGCCAAUGUAGCGAAUGUGGCCUUUUCGGGGAUGUGUAUUGUCAUGGCGACAGUGCUGCAUUUUACGCUGCGGUGGAGGAAUCGUCAGCUUGAGAAGGCGGCUGAUGCUGAUGUUGAUGCUGGGGUGGAUCCGACAAGUGAAGACUCGAUGUGUCAACAGCUGGCGAUGCGGUGGAAUUGCCAUCCCCAUUAUCGAUACAUCACCUGA